AUGCCAUUUCAGCAGCUGGCUAGGAUCAUGAUCUCCAUAAAUCGAUGCUUCGCUAUCUCAUUCCAUGGCAGAUUCUAUCGAUGGCUUGAGACCCAACGUCCUCUUUUCUAUACUCUGGCUCUGGGAUUGCCGAUGCUGGGAGCUAUUCCAUUAUUCUUUCCGGACUGUCGUGUACGUUUUUACACGGAUCCAAUCAUAGUGGUUGAUGGCCUAGACGGAAGUUGUGCCACGAUGUACGUAUUUGUGACUACAUUCGUCACCGGUUACGCGAUGCUCGUAAUCACGGCUUGUUGCGAAUUUACUGUUCUCUAUUUACUCGUGAAGAGGCAUAGACAAGCCAUCGCCCUACACGAUUUCGCCCGCGACCAACGCUCCAUCCGGCCACAAUUACGAUUCGGAGCGCAAGUUAGUUUUUUCCAAAGCACGGGUAAU